AGAAGCCUGUGAGUGAGGGAAGAGGAGGGCAGAGAGUUACAGUGAAACAUUCAGCAAAGUAUUAGUGGAGGCAUCUGCAUCAUGGACUCGCAAUGACCAGCAGGGUGGCCCUGUCUUAAGGUCAGGUGCUCGUGUGCCCUGCUCACAAGUCACAAGCCAAGUGACACUUGUCAUCAUGGCAGAAAUGUGUCAAUGGGGACGAGCGUUGCUUGACCGCACUGCGGGCUACUUUGACUAACUGAAAGACUAGUAGUGGCCAGAAUGACUCGCUGGUUUGCCUGUUCUUCCAAACGCAAACAAACGGCUGACUGGAAUAAAUAUGAUGAACGUUUGAUGAGAGCGGCAGAGAGGGGAGAUGCAGAGAAAGUCUCAUCCACACUUGCCAAGAAGGGUGUUAAUCCCAGCAAACUUGACUUGGAGGGACACACAGCAUUUCAUGUUGUAGCUUCAAAGGGUCACCUGGAAUGCCUGAAUCUUAUCCUGAUACAUGGGGUAGAUCUCACAGCUCCAGAUGCAGCAGGUAGAAACGCUCUGCAUUUAUCAGCAAAGUAUGGCCACUCCUUGUGUCUGCAGAAAUUGCUGCAGUUCAAUUGCCCAACAGAGAAUGUGGAUCUGCAAGGACGCACUGCUUUACAUGAUGCAGCCAUGUCUGAUUGCUGUUCCAGUGUACAGCUUCUCUGUGAUCAUGGGGCAUCUGUUAAUGCAAAAGAUGGGGAUGGAAGGACUCCCCUGGCUCUCUCGACCCAGAUGUGUCGCCCUGCCAUAUGCCAACUUUUAAUAGAAAAGGGAGCAGACAUAAAUUCCAGAGACAAGCAGAAUAAGACCCCACUGAUGCUGGGUUGUGAGUAUGGCUGUAAGGAGGCAGUGGAUGUCUUAUUAAGAGCUGGAGCUGAUGUUAACUUGGUUGACUCCUUUGGUCAUGACUGUGCAUAUUACAGCAGGAUUGGAGAUAACCUGGAGGUCCUGACCCUGAUCAAAACGGCCAUGGAGAAUUCCCCUCAAGUGCUAGAUCCUGUGCGAAGGAUUGUUUCUCUGCGUACGAGAAAGACGAAGCAAAACUCGGUGGAAGAUGGUAGUGUCGUGUCUAAAGAUAAGUCACUGGAUCUGGAAGCUGAAAAUGAGAACCUACGGGAGAGGCUUCGGAAAAUACAACAUGAGCAGAGAACUCUCUUUGAGAAAGUGGAGGGAUUACAACAUCAACUCAGCCAAGAGCAGUUGAUGUCUGAUGACCUAGAGAAUGAGAAGGAGCAUCUGAAAGCAAUUUUAGAAGGAAAAGAAAAAGAACUGGAAGAAUGUCUAAGAACCAUGGAAAAUUUGAGAGGAAGAGUAAGACAUUACGAGCAGAAGAAUUACUUGGUACAGAGCAGCCCAUUCAAUAAUGGUAAAGAUGAGGUUGUGAUGAAACAAAAUUCUAUACUGGGUAUGGACCCACAGCUUGCAGCUCACCUGCCGGCCAGGUCUCAGCUGCGGCCCCUUGAGCUUCCAGGAGAGAAUACAGAUCAGCGCCAUGAAGUGGAAACUAUGCGUAGAUACUAUGAAGCUGCAAGAGAUGAGACGAUAAAGUUGCAACAGGAGUUAUCAAGGAGAUCUUCUGAAUGCGUGGCACUAGUCUCAGAGAGGGAUAGAUGCAAGACAGAGUCUGACCAGCAAAUUCGGCAACUAGAAGAUGCAUUGCGAGAUGUACAGAAAAGAAUGUUAGACUCUGAGGGGAAGGUCAAGCAAAUGCAAACUCAUUUCUUAGCCCUGAAGGAUCACCUGACUCAGGAAGCUCUAAGUGGUAGUUCCCGUGCUGAGGACAUGCAGGAGCAAUUGAGAGAAGUAAAAGCGAAAUACGAGGGUGCAUCGGCUGAGGUUGGUAAACUACGCAAUCAGCUGCGCCACAAUGAGCUACUGGUGCAAGAGCUGCGUAGAGAGGAUGCCCGCUUGCGUAAGGACAAUCGCAGGCUGCAAGAUGAGAUGGCGGUUUGUGAUGAAGACAGGGAGCGUGCAGAACGUGUGACACAAGAGGCUAGAGAGCGGCUCACCCUGUCUGUCACCACAGACAAGUUUGAGAACAUGCGAUGCCUGCUUACCAAUGAAGUCAAUGAGAAGUCCCGGGCAUUAGAGAUGGCUGAAGGGGAAUUGGCACAAGUGCAACAAGACCUUGAAACUGCACACAGAGAAAAGAAAAGAACAGACGCCAAAUUAGAAACAUUGAGGAAAGAAGUUGAAGAAAUGAAUGUUAAGAACCACAGCCUUGGACGUGAGGGUGAAAAACUGCAAGCAGAAAAGGUUCUGCUGCUGCGGCAAAUUGAGGACCUUACCACACAAAUGAAGAGCCGACAUGUCCCAGCUGAGCUUCACGUUGAGACCAAAAGAGCGUUCGAAGAAACCAUUUCUCAGCUUAACCAGAGACUAGCUGAAUCUGAAAAGACUCACAGAAAGUCUGAAAUGGAUAUGGAAAAACUGCAGAAAGAAAAGAAAGUGUUAACUGAAAAUAUAUCUCUGCUUCAAGCCUCAAGUACCCCCAAAGAGAAAUAUGAAAAACAGCUUCAAUCCAUGAACACACGAGUCAUAGAGCUGGAGAUGCAGCUGGCUGACGCACAGAGGAAAUGUGAUGAGGAGACUGCAAGAGCAUGUAGUCUUCAGUUGGAGAAUGCUAGUUUUAGGGAGGAUUAUCUGCCACUGGCCACCCACCACAAGGUCACUGCCAUGCUAACCAGUGAGCUUGACCGGACUAAAGAAGAGCUGGUCACACUUAAGAAGCAAGUUGAAAAAGAAUAUGGAGAGAAGGCUGUGCUAGAGUCAAAGCUUCAGAGUCAGUGUUCCAGACAAUCAGCACUGCAAGCACAGGCAGACAGUGAAUCUCUCAAGCGGGCAGAUUUGCAAGCAGAGAUGGAAGGCAUUGUUAGAGAGCGCAAAGAAUUGCGGGCACAGCUGACAACUAGAGCAGAAGAACUAUCAGAUUUGCAGGCCCAAAUGAGCAAGCUUAAAAUUCAGGUAGAUAAUGAAUAUGUGAAGCUUAAAGUACAUGAAGAGAAAAUGUUGGAAUUGCAAAAGCAAAAAGAGCAAAUAUUGCAAGAGUUAUCUCAAGCCCAUGCCAAGAAACAGCAAUCUCAAGAGGAAGUGCUAAGACUUCAGACUGUAAUCCGGGAGCAGAAAGAGGAGCUGGAUGCAAUGCAGCACUGUAUUUCAGAGAAAUAUGCUCCACUAGCCAGUAUAGAAGAAAAAGAGCAGAGCUUUCAAAAAUCUCUUAGUGCGCUAGAGAAAGAACUGCAGACGGAGCGCGGCAAAACCAGAGAGACUCUGCACAGGCUGGAGCAGCAUAAGCAGGAUGCACAAACCCUCCAGAAAGAACUGGAGUCUGCAAAAUUAAUGUUACAACAGGAACGCGCCGCUCAGGAGCAAGAGAAGUUUACGCUGCAGAGCCAACUAGCAAAAAUGCAAGCUCUUCUUCUUGAAUUGCAGAAGUCUGAGACUGGGAUGAAGCAGAAACAGCAAGAACUACGGGAACAGAACUUAAGUGCUCAGAACAAAAUCAGUGAGAUGAAAGAUCAACUGAGCAACCAGUACAUUCCCAUUCAUCAGCACGAGGAACUAAAGGCUAUUCUAGACAACACCAAAUUAUCUCUAGAGCUAAACAUGAAAGAACAUAUUAGUCUGUACGGAAAGGAACAGGAGAAAGUACGGAGUCUGGAAAAAGAACUUGAGAAACAGAAAGAUGGUUCUAUUUCCCUGGUGCAGCAUGCCCAAGAGAUACAGGCCUGGGAAAAGAGACAAACAGAAAUACAGAAAAGACUGCAGGAGAAAGCAGACGAAGCACAGGCAGCAUCACAGGAGCUUAAACAGCUCAGCAGUGAAGUACACACACUUCAUCUCAACUUGCUGGAAGCUGAGCGAGAGAAAGAAGAUUGUGCUGCUACAAGGAUAAAACUAGAGCAGAAAGUAGCUCAGAUGGAGCAGACCAGCAACAAGGACAAUGAUGAGGCCAGGCAACUAGCCCAAGAGUUGCAGAAAUCACAAAAGGAGAAUGUGAAAUUAAGAGAGAGUAGCAGUGUCAUUGAACAUGAAAUUUCACAGCUCAAAGGAAGGUACGAUGAAUCUCUGACCACAAUAGAAGAGUUAAAGAGUCGGAUCAUGUCAUCAGCCAAAGACCUUAAAGACAAGGACAAAGAGAUCUCUGUUCUGGUUAAUGACGUGGAGAGGCUGAAAACGGCCAAGACCCAGAUGACAGAAGUUGCUGGGAAGAAACUGUCGAGUGACCUCCUGCAGGCUCAGGUGUUAUCUCUACAGCACCAGCUCCAGGAAACUCAAGAGAAGCACCAGGACAUCAUUGCCAUCUACCGCUCACACUUGCUUAGUGCUGUCCAGGGUCACAUGGAUGCCGAUGUCCAAGACGCCUUGUUACAAAUCAUUCACAUGCGGCAAGAGCUCGUUUUCUGAAAUCUUCUCUCCUUGUGUUAUGUGAAUAACGGCCAGCGACUUGUUCUCUGUACAUUAAACCAGUAGGAUUAAAUAGUCAUAAUUAUGGGAGACCAAAUUACAAAAUAAAAAUAAAAAAUAGGUUUAGGGAGGGAGUUAUUAACAGUACAAACACAGGGACAUAGAGAAGAGCGGUAAAUAAAAUGGAUAUGUACAAGAAGGUGAGAAGGUUUAUGUAGUAGAGAAGGUUUAUGUAGUAGAGAAGGUUUAUGUAGUAGAGAAGGUUUAUGUGAUAGAGAAGGUUUUUGAAGUAAAGAAGGUUUAUGUGGUAGAGAAGGUGAUGUAAGUGACUUAAUCAAAGAGGGAACAGCAAUGUGAUGGGUUGGAGAAGUGGAAAUGAAUAGAGACAUUGUCUGAGAAGAGCAGGAAGUGAGAGAGGAAGGAAGGAAAUGCCCUGCAAUGGGACAUGUAAUUUGAGGUGUGACAAAUGUAAUGUUGGGUGAGCUGGACAGUAGAGAGACGAUGUGUAGGUGGGUAUAAUAAGGGCACAUGGAAGGUACCAGAUAUGAGUCUAGAGAAGGCAACAUAGAAUGUGAGGUAAGAUUUGAAGCUGUAUGUUAUAAACAAGGGAAAACAUUUAGGGGGGCAAUUUUUUUAGGAGCACCAUUUACAUAUACUUAUUUUUGUACGUUAAUGAAUGGGUGAUGCACGUGUUUGCUCAGCUGAUCCUUUAUUUCCACCCAUGCCUGGAAACUGCCAGAUCUUGGCUGUCCUACUAACUGAGCACUGAGCUGCCCGAAAUAUAUAACCGUAGUCAUUAAUACAACACGUAUAGGAAAAAUACCAGGCUCCAAAUUACCCGUUUACACUCCUAACCGUUUACACUCCAAGUACAUAGACCGUAAAUAGACGUAGAAUCCUAUAUUUAUUUUAUAUAUAUAUAUAUUUUUUGUAUGGAUAUUUUUGAUCACUUCAUGGAAUGAGCAGCUGGUCUGACAGAUAUUCCGUGGUAACUAAUGAUAUAGUGCAUUGCUGUAGCGGUGGCAGGUCCAUAUCCAGUAUACGCUCAUGUGCCAGUGAUCUGCCUUCUUAAUAAAACUUUCUUUUCUUUAUUAUGUCUUUUAGACCUGUGUAGAGCAGUCUCUGCUAUAGCUGUUUACUAGCAUUGCUACUUGCUCUUUUUGCUCAUGCUAGACAAUAGCCAGCCUGCCUUCUUUUUAUAUAUAUAUUACAGAGGCAAGAAUAUGUGUGCUCAGUCCUAUUUCUUGGCUGCAUUUAUGUACAAUACAAUAAAUAAACCAUGUUAAACCUG